AUGCUUCCAGCCCAAGAGGCUGCCAAGAUCUACCACACCAACUACGUGAGGAAUUCGAGAGCAAUCGGUGUCCUGUGGGCUAUUUUCACUAUCUGCUUCGCUAUUAUCACGGUGGUGUGUUUCAUCCAGCCUUACUGGAUAGGAGACAGCAUCAACACCCCCCAGGCUGGCUAUUUCGGACUCUUUCACUACUGCAUUGGCAAUGGCUUGACCAGGGAGCUGAUCUGCAAGGGGAGCGCGCUGGAUUUUGGUUCCAUUCCCUCGGGAGCUUUCAAAACUGCCAUGUUCUUUGUCGGCAUCUCCAUGCUCCUGAUUGUCGGCUGCAUUGUCUGUUUCGGGCUGUUUUUCUUUUGCAAUUCGGCCACUGUCUACAAAGUCUGCGCCUGGAUGCAACUGGCGUCUGCCGCCAGCCUCAUAAUGGGAUGCAUGAUUUAUCCUGACGGUUGGGAUUCAGAUGCAGUCAAACAAAUGUGUGGGAACAAAACUGACAAGUACACUUUGGGAGAAUGUUCUGUGCGCUGGGCCUACAUUCUGGCGAUAAUUGGGAUCCUCGACGCUCUCAUUCUGUCUUUCUUGGCCUUUGUGCUUGGCAACAGACAAGACAGCCUCCUUCCUGAAGACUUCAAGGUAGAAAAUAAAGAUGGGGCCAAUGCCUAAUGCAGUCGUCAACUUCUAUCAGUCACGAGCUGCUCAAUGCACUCGUGACCGACAAGACAAAUUCUGGAAAAAAAAUCUUAGAACAGUAGAGAUUCGUCAGUAGCUGAAAUCAGCCAAAACGCAGUUCAUUAACGGGAUAAUUUUAAUGCUGCAAUCUGUGCCUCAUCCUGUGUAACUGCAUCGGAAUUGUAAUAGUCAAGAAAUGUGAUUUACGUUGUUUCAUUACAUUGGAGGCCAAUGUUACAUGGGCCAUAAAGUCAAGAGGAUUAAUGCGUUAACAGGUUCUGUACUCUGCCACUGUGUUGAUACUAAUAACCUCAUUAGCAAGAACGCUCCCGCAACAUUUCAUAAUAUUUUUCUUGGUUCAGAUCACGUUGGUUGUUCCAUAUAGCGCAUUUAACUGUGGACACAACAAGUAUUAGAGUCGGUGUUAUUAACGGGGUUCUACUAGAAAACAACCAAAAUUCAGUGUAUGGGUCGUGUAAUAACCUUUAUUGUGUAUUUAUGAGUGUACCUU